GUUACGCUGGUGGUGUUAUUACAUGAAGAUUAUGUCGGGGAAUUUUCCGUAUUUUGGUAGAAUUUAGGUUGUAGUGAAAAUUAAUGCUUAUUACACUUGUUUUCGGGUUUGUAAUUGAUGGUUAGGUUGUGAAGGUUUGGGUUAGGGAAUUGGUGGAACGAAUCGAAAUUUUGGUUUUGAUCAGUUUAGGAUGGUUUUUUUGAAGCUGUAAAUAGUUGUUUCUGGUUGUAGGAAUUUUGUUUCGGGAUUAGUUUUUCUUUUUUCUAUCUCUUUUUAUUUAGGCGUAGCGUUUUGUUGUUGCGCUGAGGCAGUGAUCAGAUAGGGGCGGAAGGGUUAGACCGAUGUUUGGUGGUAACGAAGGAUCGUUUGGUGAUGAAUUAGAGACGGAGAUAGGGUUAUUGCUUCGUGAACAGCGUCGGCAAGAGGCUGAUGAUCGUGAACGAGAGCUGAAUUUAUAUAGAAGUGGAUCAGCUCCGCCGACUGUUGAAGGCUCUUUAAGUGCGGUGGGUAGUCUGUUUGGUGGUAUUGCUGGUUCUGCUAAUGCCUUUGCGGAGAUAACUGGUUCUAAGAAUGUGAAUGGUUUUGUAUCAGAGGAGCAGCUUAGGUCUGAUCCAGCUUACUUAUCAUAUUAUUACUCGAAUGUGAACCUUAAUCCUCGGCUUCCGCCUCCAUUGAUUUCAAAGGAGGAUUGGAAGUCUUCGCAGAGAUUGAAAGGGGCAAAUUUGGGGUUGGGAGGGAUUGGAGAUACAAGGCGAUCGAAUGUUGGGGUGGAUAGCGCUGGCAGAUCCUUGUUUUCUAUGCCCCCUGGGUUUAAUGCUAGGAAACAAGCAUCCGAUGUCGAGUUGGACAAAGGGCGUGGCGCCCCUGAGUGGGGCGGUGACGGGUUGAUUGGUUUGCCUGGGUUAGGACUUGGAACGAAACAGAAGAGUCUAGCUGAAAUCUUUCAGGAUGACAUGGGGCGCACAACUCCUGUUACUGGCCUGCCAUCCCGUCCAGCCAGCCGCAAUGCUUUUGAAGAAAAUGUGGAGACUAUAGGUGCUACUGAUGAACUGGCCAAUUUGCGUCAUGACUUGAUGAUGUCUGAAAUGCGAUCCAGUGCUAAUGGUCAGAGCUCCUCUGCUGGUCAAAGUAUUGGAACCCCUUCUUCGUACACUUAUGCUGCAGCUGUGGGUGGUUCACUGUCACGAAGCAAUACACCUGAUCCGCAGCUUGUUGCAAGGGCUCCUAGUCCUUGUCUUACCCCUAUUGGAGGUGGAAGAGUUGCAACUGCUGAAAAAAGGAACAUUGCAAGCCCAAAUUCAUUUAAUGGUGUCUCAUCUGGAAUCAACGAGUCUUCAGAUCUUGUAUCAGCUUUAUCUGGUAUGAACUUGUCACCGGAUGACACCAUAAAUGAAGAAGGCCAUUUGUUAUCUCAAAUCAAACAAGAUUGUAAUACCCAACAAGGCUACACAUAUGGCCUGCAAGGAGGUCAGAAUCAUAUUAAGCAACAGUCAUUUGCAAAGAAGACCGAUUCUGGGGGUCAAUCCAGAUCUUCAUUCUCGGAUGUUUCGUCUCAUAACAAUGGAGCACAGUAUCAGCAUGUGGAUGGUACAAAUUUGACUUAUCAGAACUUUGGCCUUAGUGGGUACUCAAUGAGUCCAGCUAUGGCAUCUAUGAUGCCUGGUCAACUCGGGACUGGUAAUUUACCAACAUUGUUUGAAAAUGUUGCCUCAGCUUCAGCUUUGGGAGCCUCUGGUUUGGAGACCCGAGUUCUUGGUGGAGGUUUAGCUUCUGCAACAAACCUGACUUCUUCGGCUUCUGAUUCACAUAUUCUUGGUAAAUUGGGAGGUCAAAUGACUGGUAACGCUCUUCAGGCAUCCUUUGUUGAUCCUGUUUAUCUUCAAUACUUGAGGACAUCUGAAUAUGCUGCAGCACAACUUGGUGCUUUAAAUGAUCCUUCUCUUGAUAGAAAUUAUCUGGGCAAUUCAUAUAUGAAUCAGCUAGAAUUGCAGAAGGCUUACGUGGGGUCUCUUCUAUCACCUCAGAAAUCACAGUACAGUGUCCCAUUCAGUGGUAAAUCUGGUGUUUCAAAUCAUCAUGGUUAUUAUGGUAAUCCAGCUUUUGGAGUUCACAUGUCGUAUCCCGGAAGUCCUAUGGGUAGUCCUGUCCUUUCUAACUCGCCUGUAGGACCUGGUAGUCCUAUCAGGCACAAUGAUCUUCAUUUGCGCUAUCCUUCUGGUACGAGGAGCCUAGGUGGUGUUAUGGGUCCUUGGCAUCUGGACGUUGGAAAUAUCAACGAAAGCUUUUCGUCCUCUCUUCUUGAGGAGUUCAAGAGUAAUAAGACGAAAUGUUUCGAACUUUCUGAAAUUUCCGGUCAUGUGUUUGAAUUCAGUGGGGAUCAAUAUGGGAGCCGAUUCAUUCAACAAAAACUCGAAACAGCUACUGCUGAUGAGAAAAAUAUGAUUUAUCAGGAAAUUAUGCCGCAAGCUCUUGCUCUGAUGACUGAUGUCUUUGGUAAUUAUGUGAUUCAGAAGUUCUUCGAGCAUGGACUUGCAGUACAGAGAAGAGAAUUAGCCAAUAAGCUUUUCGGUCACAUACUUACACUGAGCCUUCAGAUGUAUGGUUGUCGAGUGAUCCAGAAGGCAAUUGAAGUAGUAGACCUGGACCAAAAGAUUAAAAUGGUCGGAGAGCUUGAUGGACACGUCAUGCGUUGUGUACGCGAUCAGAAUGGAAAUCAUGUUAUACAAAAGUGUAUAGAAUGUGUCCCAGAAUCAGCAAUCCAUUUUAUAGUUUCGACAUUCUUUGAUCAAGUUGUGACGCUCUCAACUCACCCCUACGGGUGUCGUGUGAUACAGAGAGUUCUUGAGCACUGCAAGGAUGAAAAUACUCAGAGUCGAGUUAUGGAGGAAAUUCUAGGAUCUGUUAGUAUAUUGGCACAAGAUCAGUAUGGAAAUUAUGUUGUUCAGCAUGUCUUGGAGCAUGGCAAACCUCAUGAGCGUUCUGCAAUUAUCAAAGAGUUGGCUGGUAGAAUCGUUCAAAUGAGUCAGCAGAAGUUUGCCUCUAACGUCGUCGAGAAAUGCCUAACCUUUGGCGGUCCAACAGAACGCCAGCUAUUGGUGAGCGAAAUGCUUGGAACUACAGAUGAAAAUGAGCCCCUUCAGGCAAUGAUGAAAGAUCAAUUUGCAAACUAUGUCGUCCAGAAAGUACUCGAGACUUGUGACGACCAACAGCGCGAGUUGAUUCUCUCCCGAAUCAAAGUUCAUCUCAAUGCGCUGAAGAAAUAUACUUACGGGAAGCACAUUGUUGCCCGCGUAGAGAAACUUGUCGCCGCUGGAGAAAGGAGAAUUGCAGCUCAGUCUUCUCCACACUCUUCUUUGGUGACAUAGGAAAGAAAUUGUGUACAGCUAACCGAAGCAACCGCCAGAUCGAGCGAAGCUUCAUCGUCUCUUUCCACUCUUUUCCGUUUUAUCAUCUAGAGCUGUGGCUCAACCUCAACCUCAACCUCUCUAUGAAGACAGGUAUGAGCUGAUUGAAAAUAAAGCAAGUUGUUUGUUUGUACUUUGGAAGGAAGCCUGUACAUUUGUAGUUUUAAGCUGCUUUAUACGUAGAAAUCGAUCAAUUUCGUGGUACCGAUGUUGAAUGGCACCCGAUUGCUGCGGACGAGAUUAAAAAAAAAAAUGGCUGCCUGCCUAUACUUAGUUUUUUCCUUUUUCCUUAAGGGCAUGUAAAUGACUUUUAAAAAUGUUGAGGUAGUUUUUUCUUUUUUAUCUAUAUGUUUUAGCGUGACUGUACAAAAAUGUUGCCAUGUGAAGAAGAGCUGUGUUUAUGUUAGAUUAUAUUGAGGCCAUAGUUUUCUUCUCAA